UCAGUGCUAACACCUGGCAGACGCUUUAAUAACAGGUACACGCAAGUUGACAUCAUCCUGCGGUGGCGUCUCGAUGAUGUCACUGAAAAAGCCACGCCUCUCCAGAGCGCAGCAACCGGAAAAUACCCAUUGGCUGAGGAAUGCGGCGUCGUUGAGAUUGAUUCAUCUGAAGUCAGCAAAUCAUGGCUGGCUUUAGGCAGGAGGGUGUGGAGCUGUACUAUGAAAUGGGAGAGGAGUUAGGAAGUGGGCAGUUUGCUAUUGUGCGUAAAUGUAAAGAAAAGAGCACCGGAACAGAAUAUGCCGCCAAGUUUAUCAAGAAGAGACGGCUGUCAUCCAGCCGACGAGGUGUGAGCCGAGAGGAGAUCGAGCGAGAGGUGAACAUCCUUCGAGAGAUCCAGCACAGCAACAUCAUCACCCUCCAUGACAUCUUUGAGAACAAAACUGACGUGAUCCUGAUUCUGGAGCUGGUGUCUGGAGGAGAGCUGUUUGACUUCCUGGCUGAGAAGGAGUCACUGACUGAGGAGGAGGCCACACAAUUCCUCAAGCAGAUCCUGGAUGGAGUUCACUACCUCCACUCAAAACGCAUAGCACACUUUGACUUGAAGCCUGAGAAAAUGUUGUGGACAAAAAUGCGUGAACAUGUACCCAGAAUCAAGCUGAUAGAUUUUGGAAUUGCUCAUCAGAUUAAGGAUGGAAAUGAAUUUAAAAACAUCUUUGGAACUCCUGAGUUUGUUGCACCGGAAAUUGUGAAUUAUGAGCCUCUUGGCCUGGAGGCAGAUAUGUGGAGCAUCGGAGUUAUUACAUAUAUACUCUUGAGUGGAGCUUCUCCGUUUCUUGGCGAGACCAAACAAGAAACACUUACCAAUAUUUCAGCUGUCAACUAUGACUUUGAUGAAGAGUACUUCAGCAACACAAGUGAGCUCGCCAAGGACUUCAUUCGCCGACUACUGGUCAAGGAUCCAAAGAAGAGAAUGACAAUCGAGGACAGUCUCCAGCACCCCUGGAUCAAGGUGAUCAAGAGGCGUAACGUUCGACCUGAGGAGAGCGAGCGCAAAACAGACCGCAGGCGUCUGAAGACCACCCGACUGAAGGAGUACACCAUCAAAUCCCACUCCAGCAUGCCUCCCAACAACACCUACAUCAACUUUGAGCGCUUCUCGCAGGUCAUGGAGGAGAUCGCAGUUGCCCAGGAUGGCCUGCGAGAGCUGGAGAAGAACCAGCGCUCCUGCGCUGAGGACGUGGCUGCUCUGCUCUCCAUCUAUGAGGAGAAAGAAAGCUGGUACAAAGAGGAGAAUGAAAGCAUUGCUGCAGAUCUCAAUCAGAUCAAACAGGAGCUGCAGAGAGCACAAGCCCUGCGCAGACAGAACCAGGAAGAGGCCCGCGCCACCAUGCUGUCGGCCAAUGCCCUCAAACGCAAGUUUGGCCGAUUGGAGAACCGCUACGAAGUGCUCGCUGAGCAGAUGGUCUCCGAGGUGCGCUGGGUUGAAGAGCUGGUGCGCUCGAUUUCAGCUGAAAAUGACACUCGCAGCACCAGCAUGGCUUGAGCUGCUCUGUUUGUUUUCUGAACGCAUAUAUAGAGUAUUAAACAGUAAGCUUCAUGUAAGCCUGUAGAGUUCAUCUUACUCCUAGAACAAAAGCAAAAUGGUGUUUUCUAUAAAUGCUGAGUGAGGGUGUGCAUGUGUUUCGCAUGUGCAUUGCAGUGUCCUUAUGUGAUGCCGGUCUGUUACAGCUGAAGCAAGCAUUUAGUAUUUUUAAUUGCCACCUCAAAAAUGACAGCACUUUGAGCAAAGCAUAUUAAUGUAAAUUGUGAGUACUGCACUACACAGUCCUCUAUGAGGAAUUGAAGAAUCUCAAGAUGCCAGUUGCUUUUGUUGCUCUGCAUGUACGCUUUUCCUAUGCAAAUUAAAUUUUAAUUUUAUGAUAUGAGAUAAAGUAAACGACUUCUGCACUUAUGAUAGUCCUAAAUGCUGUCUUGAAUGAUCUGUACAAGUAUUGAAUAUUCAGUAAGCUGCUUCUGUAUGUAUGAAUAUGACAAUUUAAAGGGAUAGUUCACCUAAAAACUAAAGUUUGGCCUUUACUCUCAUAACAUUCCAAAUCCUUAUUUUCAGUUACGGAAAGCAAAAGAAGAUAUUUUCCAAAACAUUUUUUUUUUUUUUUUUUUUUGCCAUAGUAUAUUGAAACAUUUGUGUUCCACAGAAAGAGAACGUUCUGAGGUUUGGAACAACAUGAGUGUGAGUAAGUAAUAUAAUUUUUAUUUUUUGGGUGAACUAUUGCUUAAACAUUCACUCCAACACACACUCCAAACAUUCCAUUAUUUUAUUUUUUUAUGAUAUUCCAUAUAUGAAUGAGCAUCAGUAUCCGAAAAUGGUUGUGCUCAUUUAUAGUUAAGUCAUAGCAAUAUUAAUAUCUUUGCUUACAGUACUGUACUUAUGUUGUUUUAUUCACGACAAGUUUAUAUACACAUCAGAAAAGUCCAUUCAAAUAAAAGAAUUGAAGAAGAA